UCUCUCUCUCUGUCUCUCACACACACACAUUACAUUUUGUUCAAACACAAAGGCUAAAAAGAAGAGAGAAACAAAAAAACAAAGACGAGAGAAGUAGAGGAGGAUGGUUUCAACGAGGAGAAGUGGAUCUCUCUCCGGUAACACCAACAACAACAGCAAGAGAUCAUCGUCGUCGGAAGAUAAACCUCCGUCACCGAAGCGUCAAAAGGUCGAUAAUGGCGGUACCUCGGAGAAGCCGGCGCCGGCGGGGGCCGAGAAUUCCAAGGAAUCGUGCACCGCUCCUGCGACGUCGGAGAACGCGCCGAUCGCCGGAGACGCCGUGAGCCCGCGGAAGGGCGAGGCCGCGCCCGUGGCGACGCCGAUCGCGGAGGGGGCUUCGCCGGCGGUGAUGGUGGAUAAGCCGAGGAGUUCUUUCUCGUCGUGGAGUAGUUAUCAGAAGCGGACCAAUCCGGGGACGACCUUCGAGAACUCGAUGCCAUGGUGCAAGCUCCUAUCACAGUCUGGACAGAAUGCAAACGUUUCCAUAUCCACUGAGAACUUCGUGAUUGGUUCAAGUAGGCAGUGCAAUUAUCCAUUGAAGGAUCAGAGUGUUAGUGGGAAUCUAUGCAGAAUCAGGCACACGCAGCGCGACGGCGUUGAUGUAGCCGUGCUAGAUAUUAUGGGGAGCAAGGGAACGGUGCAAGUAAAUGGGACAAAUGUCAAGAAGAGCGGUGGCAGCUGCGUGCUUAAUUCCGGUGAUGAGUUGGUGUUCGGGGCAAACCAUGCUUAUAUCUUUCAGCAUCUGAUGAAUGAGGCUGCAGUUAAAGGUUCAGAGGUUCAAAGUCUUGGAAAACUGCUGCACCUCGAAAGGAGGGCGGGAGAUCCUUCAGCCGUGGCUGGAGCUUCAAUACUGGCCUCUCUUUCUAGCAUGAGACAAGAUAUAUCACGUUGGAAGUCUCCAGCUCAGAGCAUCACUAAAAUGCAACAGGGUCCCGAGGUACCUACUCAAUCUGUUGUUAAUGAUGGCACAGAAGUUGAGCUUGAUGGCCUGGAAUGCAACUCGGCACCAAACAGUGGGAGUGAUAAAGCUGCAGAAAUUGGAACAAUCAACAAGAACUCUCUUCACGAUUGCAACCCGGACUCUGGCAUAGAGGCAGGCAAUGUAAAACUCUCUGGGGUGAAUGAUUUGCUAAGGCCUUUGUUCAGGAUGUUAGCUCAGUCAACUAGUUGUACACUGAAAUUGAGCAAAAGUAUCUGUAAACAGGUUUUGGAAGAAAGAAACGAUUGGAUGAGGGAUACGCAGCCAGCAUCAACGUCGGGUAUGUCUUUGCGGUGUGCAGCAUUUCGAGAAGAUGUUUCUGCAGGAAUUAUUGAUGGCAGAGACAUAGAUGUUUCAUUUGACAGCUUCUCUUACUACUUAAGUGAGAACACAAAAAAUGUGCUGAUUGCAGCUUCAUUUAUACACUUGAAGCAUAAAGAACAUGCAAAGUAUACCUCAGAGCUUACUACUGUGAAUCCAAGAAUCUUGCUUUCUGGUCCUGCAGGGUCUGAGAUAUAUCAGGAGAUGUUGGCAAAGGCACUUGCUAACUACUUUGGAGCUAAAUUGCUCAUAUUUGAUAGCCAUUCAUUUUUGGGUGGUUUAUCAUCAAAGGAAGCAGAGCUGCUGAAGGAUGGAUAUAAUGCAGAAAAAUCCUGCAACUGCCCCAAACAAAGUCCUUUACCCAUGGACUCGGCUAAGAGCACGGAUCCAUCAGCAGUUGAAGCGGAUCCACCCAGCUCUGCAAAUGCACCUUCUUCUAAUGGCUUGGAAUCUCAACCUAAGAUGGAGACUGAAACUGUACCCUCUGCCUCUGGGACAUCUAAGAAUUACUUGUUUAAAAUAGGUGAUAGAGUAAGAUUUAAUGGUUCAGCUUUGGGUGGUUUAUAUCCAGCAGCAUCUCCUUCACGGGGCCCAUCUAGUGGAAGCCGUGGAAAGGUGGCAUUAGUUUUUGAGGAGAAUCCAUUGUCAAAAGUUGGUGUAAGGUUCGAUAAAUCCAUACCAGAUGGGGUUGAUCUUGGAGGUCAAUGUGAGGGAGGUCAUGGAUUCUUUUGUAAUGUAACUGAUCUUCGUUUGGACACGGGCUCAGAAGAAUUGGACAAGUUACUUAUUAACACUUUGUUUGAGGUUGUAACUAGCGAAAGCAGAAGCUCACCUUUCAUUCUAUUUAUGAAAGAUGCUGAGAAGUCUAUGGUAGGAAAUGGAGACUCAUAUUCUACAUUCAAAAGCAAACUUGAAAAGCUUCCUGAUAAUGUGGUCGUAAUAGGUUCUCACACUCAUACUGACAAUCGCAAAGAGAAGUCACAUCCUGGCGGUCUGCUUUUCACGAAAUUUGGCAGCAAUCAGACUGCUCUUCUUGACUUGGCUUUCCCGGAUAGUUUCGGAAGACUGCAUGACAGGGGUAAGGAAGUCCCGAAAUCGACAAAACUCCUGACUAAGCUUUUUCCCAAUAAAGUAACCAUUCACAUGCCACAGGAUGAAGCGCUUCUUGCUUCGUGGAAGCACCAAUUGGAUCGAGAUUCUGAAACCCUCAAAAUGAAAGGAAAUCUCAAUCACCUGCGCACUGUUCUUGGUCGGAGUGGGAUGGAAUGUGAAGGACUUGAGACAUUAUGCGUUAAGGACCAAACACUUACGAAUGAAAGUGCAGAGAAAGUAGUUGGAUGGGCUUUAAGCCAUCAUCUAAUGCAGAAUCCUGAAGCUGAUCCUGAUGCAAGGCUUGUAUUGUCUAGUGAGAGCAUCCAGUACGGGAUUAGAAUCUUGCAGGCUAUCCAGAAUGAAUCUAAGAGCUUGAAGAAGUCACUUAAGGAUGUUGUAACAGAAAAUGAAUUUGAGAAAAGGCUUCUAGCUGAUGUCAUUCCACCCAAUGACAUUGGAGUUACUUUUGAUGAUAUUGGGGCUCUUGAAAAUGUGAAGGAUACGCUGAAGGAGUUGGUGAUGCUUCCUCUACAAAGGCCUGAACUUUUUUGCAAGGGUCAAUUAACUAAGCCUUGCAAGGGCAUAUUAUUAUUUGGGCCUCCCGGAACAGGUAAGACAAUGCUGGCAAAGGCUGUGGCUACUGAAGCUGGUGCAAACUUCAUCAACAUUUCCAUGUCAAGCAUCACAUCUAAGUGGUUUGGUGAGGGUGAGAAGUAUGUGAAAGCUGUUUUCUCACUUGCCAGUAAAAUUGCGCCUAGUGUUGUAUUUGUUGAUGAAGUUGACAGCAUGUUGGGCCGGAGGGAAAAUCCUGGGGAGCAUGAGGCCAUGCGUAAGAUGAAAAAUGAAUUUAUGGUGAACUGGGAUGGCUUACGGACAAAAGACACAGAGCGGGUUCUGGUACUUGCAGCUACAAAUAGGCCUUUCGACCUUGAUGAAGCAGUCAUUCGAAGGCUUCCCCGUAGAUUGAUGGUAAAUUUGCCAGAUUCAGCAAACAGAGCGAAGAUACUAAAAGUCAUACUGGCAAAAGAGGACUUGGGAGAUGUUGAUUUUGAUGCAAUUGCCAAUAUGACAGAUGGAUAUUCUGGAAGUGACCUGAAGAAUCUAUGUGUAACGGCUGCUCACCGUCCAAUUAAAGAGAUAUUGGAAAAGGAAAAAAAGGAACAUGCUGCCGCUUUAGCAGAAGGAAGACCCACUCCAGCUUUGAGUGGCAGUGCAGAUAUACGGUCUUUAAACAUGGAUGACUUCAAAUAUGCUCAUGAACGGGUAUGCGCGAGUGUUUCAUCGGAGUCUGUGAACAUGACUGAGCUUUUACAAUGGAAUGAGCUGUAUGGUGAAGGGGGUUCCAGAAGAAAAAAGGCUCUGAGCUACUUCAUGUGAGGGCUUUCCUGUACAAAUGGCUAUUUUUUGCUCAUCUCUUUGUUCUAAGCCCUCGUGCUUUAGUGAAUUUUGCUAUUUUCUUAGGGCUUGGUAGGGAGCCUUUUUGUCUGUAAAAUGAAAUAUAGGUAUUAAGUUAUUUUUUUCCCACCCCGCUCGAGUUAGAUUUGUGAUGGAGGGAAUAAAGUGAGUGUAAGCUUUCCAAAGCCUUGGUGGCUUGGCUUCACUGCUUUUGUUUUGUUCCCCAUCAACUUGUUGUCAACAUAAGGAACUUGUAUUUG